UCAGAUAAUUCACUCCCAUUGCUCCCAUUCCAUUUCCUCUUCUCUAAGCUGCCCUCUCUCCCCUAACAGAAAAAUGCCGAUCCUCUUUAUCGCCGUGCAGUGCGUGCAAUGCUCCACAAUGCAGGUUAAGCAGCAGAAGAAGAGCAACAACAAGUGGGUGUGUGCAGUCUGCAACCAGAGGCAAUCGGUGCUUAAGAUCCACGCUCGUGGAUUCCUAGCCCGCGACAUACGCAAAUUUGUUCAGGAGUUCAAUCUCUCCAGGAUAAAGCAGGAAUCCGGUGAUUGCGAUUCUUUCUCACCUAAAUCACCUAAAUCGGACGGUUUCCUCACUGCAUCGGAGAUAGGCAGUGCCUUGUCCUUUGGCGUCGAACCAGCUUGUCUGCCGAAGCGGAGGACGGACUGGUCUGAGUAUUUAGAUCCCGUAGAAGAUGAUAUUUACGUUGAGGAAGGAGAAGAUCGCGAUCCAGUCCAAUAGCGGCAGCCACUGCAUCUACUCAUGGAGCAGACACACCGUCAUCUAUUUUCCCAAACGUUUGAUCACAACUACCUAAAUUGUAUCAGCCUACAUGUGUAAACGUAAACUGUUGCUACAGUGUCUCAUCAUAGCUAAACUAUGUAUAUAUACUGAACACAGAUUUGUAAACAGCAGUAUUGCAUACAAUGAAAAUUACUAUAGUUGAAAAAAAAAGAGAGUUUCUUGGUUCUCUGUUCUUCAAACAUCUGGCAUCUACUUAGUUCCAUCUAAUAUCCGUUUUCUUCAUGGUAGCUGUAUCCUCCCAACGACCACUUAUGGAUGAAUCAGCUUCUUCCCAACCCGGCGAUCAAACUUCCCAAAUACCCACUAAGGAAACUUCAAUCCCAACCUCCCUCAUGUUUGUUAUUUCUGUUGGAGUUGCCUCAAAUUUGGCUCGACCCUUAUAUGUUUAUGUCUUUGACCACUGUUCAUUUAUCAUGUGUCGGUGGUUGUUUGCUCUGCAUUUACCCCUUGCGGGGUUCGAUCUGCCUGCUUAGGUUGCGGGGUCAAGGGGCAGCGCCUCUGCCGAGGUUUUCAGGGGCAGUGCUCUAGAACAAAUUUUGAUUGUAACGGUAAUUUUGACAUUUCGCUUAUUUUUCGGUGCCAUAAUUUUUCCCUAUAAGUAUGAUGUAAAGUGCUUAGGGUUUGUGCCGUCUUUUGAGGCCUUAACUUACAGGUCAUAACCUUGCAACAACAAUCUACUCUACUCUCAUCACUGUUGUCCUACCAUAUAUUCUUCACCUCGAGUCAUGCCAGGACAUCUAGUCUGCAAUUGAACGUUGCUUUUAAGCUACCAACUCUUAAGGUAUCUAGCUAAUAAAUGAGCUCCAUAACAUUUCUAUGAAAACAAUUCAAUGAUCGAAUAUUCAACUGCCAUCAAAACCCUCAUUGGCAAUAUUACAUUUGUAGGAUCCACAAGUGAUCUAGAAGACAUCAUCCUCCACACUCUCAGUGGUCUACCUUCCUCUUAUUAAACUUUCAAAACCUCAAUCAGAACCAAACUAACACCAAUCAUUCUAGAAGAUCUCUUCUCUCUAUUCAUUAGCAAAAAAUCAACCUAACCACUGAUGCCUCCAAAUAACACCUACAUGUUGUAGAUCCCUAUAUGUCUUUGUACAACACAUGCAGCAGAGCAUUUCAUGUCCACAAUAGACACUCUUCUCAGCAAACUCAUUGUGAUACACCAAGCACUCACAUAAAUUGGUUUGUUUCUAAUCCAGUCAUUUUCCAAACUUGCAACAAACAUGGUCACCAAGUCUCAAAUUCCUAGUAUCGCCUAAACAUCCUCUUCAGUCCUUCACUUCAGCCAUCCGCUCCAAGAGCUCUUCUAGCUAACUCCUCCAAUCCUCAAACAGAAUGGUUGUUAGACGCAUGUGCCCUAUAAAACCUCACCCGUCAACUGGAUAGCCUUAUUCAACCAACUAUCGAUCAUGGUAUGGAUCAAAUCACAAUUGCAAUGACAACUCCCUUCCCAUUUCUCACACCCAACCGUUGAUAAAGCUACUGAUCCAGCCAACAAAUAUAUUCAUUGCAAGUCUCAAGCCUCAACUGCUCUAGACCUGCUCCACUCGCAGAUUCCCCAUUACAGCUGCAGAACAUUUAAUCAUAGCCAUUUACUUAUAACAAACUAUUUCUCCUUUCAACCGUUAGAUGUAUUAAUGUUAAGCUUGUUGAUAUAUUUAUAGCAGUGGUAUACUGCUACUGUUUUAGCAAUGAAACAUGAAUAUGUUUUUGACUCAAGGCUCUGCAUUUCUUUAUCUUCUUCCAAUGCAUGUAUCCUGCUACUAUUUUAACAAUGAAUACAUGAAUAAGUUUCGCCUCUCUCAACUACCCUAAAUUCCAUAUUUUUCUCACAAUCUGGCUUUUGUCUCCAUUCUAACCUCUAACAACAAUGCUCGAUUUCAUUUUAUACUCUUGGCUUUUAAAUCAAGGAUUGCCAAGCAAAUCUCUUACUCAAGGGACUCUGUUUUAAUGGACUCUAUCCCCUUUGAAUAUCCUUUCAGCAACAUGGUCAUUCUGCCUUUAUAGCAUCGGCGUUUUUGGACCUUCGCAGGCAUCACCGCCUUGGUCAGCCUCAUCCUCAAGUCAUAAGUACAUUCUCCAAAUGCAAUCGCCAUCUUUUCAUUCCUUCUAAUACUCAUGUUUACUUUUCUUAUAAGGUUUUGAAGGUCACAAAUUUGCAUUUGUACAAUCUACUAGUCAGAAAUAUUUUCCAUUAGAACAAUUCACUUUGAUAUUGAAGGCCCAUCUCCAGUUACCUCUAAUCAAGUAUUACUACGUGGUCUUUACUCUUUACUGAUGCCUUCUCGUGUUUUGUGUGGUUAUUUUCUAAGCAAAAAUAAUUAGAAGUACCAUCCCACUUCAUUCAAUUUAAAACACUCAUUGAAAAUCUGUUGCCCCACAAAAUUAAAUGCUUAGUUGCUUAUAAACUAAUGGCAGCACCAAAUACUUAAAUAAAGAACAUCGAACCUUUCUCACCACUCAUGGUAUUCGACAUCAAAUAAGCUAUACUUACACACUAGACCAAAACUGCCUUACUAAACACAAAUGCAGGCAUAUCCUUGAAACAUCUCGACCAUUGCUCGUCACUGCCAACCUUCCCUAUCAUUUGUUACCCGACACUAUUCAGGCUAUUGUCUUCCUAAUCAACUAAAUGCCAUCAAUUGUUACAAACCAUAAAUCUCUCUAUCAACUGCAGUUCAAACAACAUCCACAAUACCCACAACUUUGCACUUUUGGUUGUGCCUGCUUCUCUUUGCUCCCAGCUUUGUAUCGGUACAAACUAGUACCUCACUCCACAAAAUGUAUUCAUUGGUUAUUCUGAUUUUUACAAAGAUUACAAGUUUCUUGAUCCUCAAAAUGGUCAAAUCAUUAUAUCUUGUCACAUCAAUUUUGACGUAGCUACCUUUCCCUUCCAUCACUUGUCUUCUUUAACAAAGCCUACAGACUCACCUAUAACCAAUCCAUAUCUUCUUACUCCCACACCACCCAUUCCUUCAACCAUAUUACCAACUCAACCAUCUGAACCUACAAAACAGCAGACCUCCUCCACCUCUCUCCCAACCACCCCUUCCUCCCCUACAUAUCAGUCACCGCCUUGACUACACAUCACUCCCAAUGAUUCCCAGCUGUCACCACCACCUAUCUCACCUCACCCCAUGAUAACAAGACUUUAAAAUUGAUCCCUCAAACCUUACCCCCUACUCAAUCUACUUCAUAACAAUUCUUCAUCACAUCAUCCUACCUCCUUCAAUGAAGCAAAUAAAUCCAAAGUGCUGGAUGAUGCUAUGGCUGCAGAAUUUCUUGCAUUUCAGCAAUAAGAUACAUGAACUCUUGCAUCACCUCCUCCCAAGUACAAUAUUAUUGGUUAUCAGUGGACAUACCGUACCAAACAAAAUGCCGACGGCACUGUUGCUCAAUACAAUGCUCAUUCUGUUAUGCAAAGCCAACAUCAAGAACCCGGCAUCAAUGAUUGUGAAACAUUUAGUUUGAUGUAAAGAUGCCAUCUAUUUGUAUCUCACUCACCUUUGCCCUCGGUUAACACUGGCAAAUUUAUCAAUUAGAUGUCUCCAAGGCAUUUCUCCAUGAAGUAAGUGUACAUGUGUCACCCCCAAGGAUUUCAAGAUUCCCAAUAUCCCACUACACGAAGCAAUUAAUGGUCUUAACAAGUUCUUUAUCAAUGGUUUCAUACAUUCUCUACUCAUCUCUUUCUCCCUAGGCAUCAAACAAAGCCAACCAGAUCCUUCUCUUUUUAUUCACGACACCAAAAAUAUUCUCAUCUACAGUUUUCUCUAUGUGGACGACAUACUUCUUAUUUGUAACUAUGCCGACUCCUAUACUAUGAUCAACAACCUUAGCCAGAAGUUCUCAAUGAAGCAUCUUGGCCAAACAACAAACUUCCUAGGCAUUAACAUCACCCAAACGCUCACUGGUCUCUUCUUAUCACAAUUUGCCUAUGAACACACAAUGCUCAACAAAGCAAGAAUGACCUCCUGCAAGUCCAUCGGCAGUCGAACUCCAACCAAAACCCUAAUAAUCUCAUCUUCUGUCACAUCGCCGUUCAGUCUAUCUCUCAAUCUUAUUGGUUCUCUCAAAUAUCUAACAAUCACUUGACCUGACGUAUCAUUUUCCAUCAACCAACUUCGCCAACGAAUGCAUGAUCCACUUCCUCUUCACUCUUGAAUCUCAAACGACUUCUCUGCUACAUCAAAAUAACCUUAAAUUUCGGCCUACCCAUCAAACUUGGCCCUCUUAUCCUUUAAUCCUUCUCAGAUUCAGAUUGGACAAGUGAUGCUACCACCCAACAAUCCACUACUAGCUAAUACUCUUACCUUGGACCAAACCUCAUCCCUUGGAGUGUCAAAAAGCAACCAACAGUGUUCAUAUUCUCAACAAGACAGAAUAUCAUGCAUUGGCGGUAGCAACUAUCGAUAUAAUUUGUCAACGCCGUCUACUCUAGAGCUUCUAUAUACUAAUAUCCCAAGCAAUAGAUAUCCAUUGUGACAAUACGUCAGCUGUAGCACUAGCAAACAAUCCCAUAUUUCAUCCUAGAACCAAACAUAUUGAGAUUAACUAUCAUUUUUUUCUUUGAGCACAUCAAGUCUCAAGAGAUUAGCAUCUUUCCUGUUUGACAAAUAUUCUCACUAAACCAUUAUUAACAUGGUACUUUCAUCUUCUUUCUGCCAAACUGACGGUUCAACAAGCCACCAUCACCUUGCAUGGGGGUAAUAGUGACAGCCACUCUACUCAUUGAGCAGAUACACCCUCAUCUAUUCUCCCAACAGUUUGAUCAAAACUACCUAUGCUAUGUAUCACCAUCAUGUUUAAAACUAAAUUGUUGCUACAGACUCUCAUAGUAGCUAAACUGAUCUGUAUAUAUACUAAACACUCAUUUAAACUGCAGUAUUGCAUACAGUGAAAAUUGCUAUAGCUGAAAUGAGAUUCUUGGUUCAAUGUUCUUCAAGCCUCCAGCGUCUGCUUAGUUCCAUCUAUUAUCCGUUUUCUUCAGUCAAACUAAUCGAAAUGCUUGAGCUGAGCUCAGAUCUAUAUGGGAUUGCUCUAGAUAACUCACCAUUUAGUUUCACUUGAGGCUUCAUUUAAGACAGUUCCUUACAACUAUUUUUUUGUUGUUUUCAAGUAAUUUUUUGUGCUAGAAAAUUGAUGUAGAAAAUAGCAAGUAAACCAUCCCAAACGAAGUUUGAGAUUGAAGCUUCUUUUGGGAUGACUUUCUUAUUGCUUCUUAAAACGAUUUUUUAGUACAAAUUUUUUAAUUUGAAGUAGAAAAAAGGCUGUCGAUUGGCUUUCCAUAUUGGUUUGGGUUGAAUUAGAGAUGCGUCCUUCACCACCCUAGUUAAUUUUACCAAUAUUCUUCUUUUGGUAUUUCUCCUAUGCAAACUAGGAACCCAAUUUCUUUCCAUUGUCAGUACAGAGCUCCCUACAAAGGAGCAGUAAAACCUUACAAAAUGUGGUCGACAACGAGAAAGAAAAAACCUGCCAUCAAAGAAUUUCCAAGAUUCUGCAAUGCCGAUUACAAAUGCAUGUGGUGACUCUUUUCUCAAAAAAAAAAAAAAAAAAAAAAAAAAAGG